AUGGAGGUGAAGCCAGAGAACCCAGACGGGCCAUACUUAUCGCGGGUCAAGAGAUUGCAGCACGCCUACCCCGGACUGAAUCAGCUUUUGAACAAGAUCUCCAAUAAGGCCGACCAAGGACGUUUGGUGGUAGACUCUGCCUACAAAGAACGUUAUGGCAGACCACCCGGCCGCUGCGCUGUUCUCGAGUUCACCGACGACGGCGUCAAGCAUGAAGAAUUCAACACCGCGGAUGGGCUGCGACUACAUCUCGAGACCAUCAAAGCACAACCCACUAAGAACAGCGCCUGUCGGCUGUAUGUUCUCGAGGACCUUGAACCCGGCUUUGUCGAAACACUCGGCGAACACGUCGGUGUCGAUCCGCACGUCUUUGCUGAGCAGAUGAACACAUGGAACUUCACAGAUGUCAAGUCUGUCGGGCAUCGCGCGCUGCCUUCAAUGAUGCAGCCCGGCAAGGCGUUCACUCUUCGGUAUUACGAGUUCCGCGGCCUAGACCAAAGCACGAAAGACGACAUCUCGUCCCUGGGCAACCAGAUGAGCUUCGCAGUGAACCGGAGGUGGUACGAGCCAUGGAUGACCAUUGACGGGCCCAGCUUGCCGAACGACGAUCCUCUGGCGUUUCUACGACGCUGCGCUUCCUUUUGGACGUCACAGAGCAGGAGCUCAAAAGCUAGCGAUGGCUGGAAUGCCGUCAUGCUGGUGGAUCCGGCAUUAGAUACGUUCAAAGCACCGUCAGGCCGCGAUUUCUACAUUUUCAAGGGAGAAGAGUUCCAGAACCGAAAUGAACUGUGGUACGCCCGGGACGCGGGCCGGUUCUUCAGGUUGGUGAAAUUCCCCCACUCCAGCGAGCCAUAUCACAAAGGCUGUCCGACGAUCUACCCGCUGUCAUUCUGCUCCUCGCAGCGUGCCGCCACGGCAGACCUGAUCGCCAACACGGGGCCACGGUCCGUCACGUCUCCUUUCGACGAAACCAUCUUCUACUGGACGAACCUGGCCGACAAGCAGGAAAUCCGUGCGGCGAAGAAGGAUUCUGUCAACACAGCCCAACACCUUCUGAAGUUCGUCGCAUACUACUGGAUCCACACGCUGGAGGUGGUCUCGCACACUCUCGCGCAGAGCGAAUACUUCAGCGACGACAACCCGGCCACCAAACCGGAACACAUGAGCACGCACGAAUGGAAACACGAAUUCUACAAGGUCGUCAAGACCAGCCACAAGAUCAACUAUUUCCGGCGCCAGAUGAUCUACUUUGAGAACGCCAUGACGCUGAACCUAGAAAGACUGGGCAUUUCGCUCGACGGAGGCGGCGGCGGCGGCGACUUCCAAUCUGGGGCCGCAGCAACCGUGGUGCCCAUGGCCCAGGCUCUUUCCGACGCUCAGAAGGAUUUCAAAACCCUAGCAAGCCGCUUGAGACCACUGCUUAGCCGCGCCGACAAUCUAUCGACCGUGGCCAACGACAUCGCCUCGCUGCGGGCCGCGUUCCAGGCCAUCGAAGACAGCGCCACAGGGCUCUCGCUGAGCAUUCUGGCCACCGUCAUCUUCCCCUUCACGCUUGUGGCUUCGAUGUUCAGCAUGGCGGAUAACUUCCUGCCGGGCAAACGAAGCUUCUGGGUCUUCUUCGCCGUCAGCAUUCCACUGACUAUCGUCAUUUCUUUGGUCCUGGUCGUGGCGCGCCGAUGGGGGUCGUGGAGGGAUUCUCUGGUCAAAGCGAUCCAGGCCCGGACCACGGGGAGGAACGGUCGCGCGUCAGGGCCAGGAGUCAAGAUUCCAGCUGAAGUUGUUAAUGGGAAUCCGGGGCCGUGGAAGGGUCGGGGUCGGGGUCGAGGUCGUUGGGGAACUGGCUGA